GCAACAAUCACUUCAGGCAACUCGGAUUGUUAUCGUGCUGCAUUCCUAUAAGACAGACGACCCCAUACCCGAUGGUGUACAUAAAAAACUGGACAGACUUCGAGGCCGCCGCAACAGAUCUCUACGCGCGAUCGCCUAAUAAGGUUCGAUAUUGCGUCAAGUUUCAGCCAAAGACGGGGCACCUUGUGCUCAAGAUCACCGAUGAUUUAAAGUGCAUCAAGUACAAAACAUUCUCUUCCAUCAUUCUUAACCGGUUCGACUCCCUUAACCUCCGCCUCUUAUCUUCCAUGUCCAACACCAAAGCCCGACCUAAGACGAUCAUCUCAACAACAAUUUCAGCCAGUGAAACACCAGAGCGAGAAGGAACGCCUGUUCUUGCUGGGGCGAGCGUGGAGGCUCCACCUUUGGCAGUAGCUCCAGGGGGUCAGGAAGGAAUGAAGCAAGGAGCUCAAGGGAAGUCAAAUACGAGCGGAAAGAAGAAGAAGAAGGGGAAAAGAUAAAAACGGAUUGUAUGUAUCACGCUUUAAUUGUAAUAAUGUUGGUGUCGGUUAUAUGCUCUGGUCAUCAAAUACGGAGAAACAGAGAGUACAUAUUAAGCUGCUGACAGGCGAAGAAU